ACUCAAAUUGAAAAGAGUAGACGUUCGGUUUACUUGAAAGUUAGGUAGUCUCCUUCCUUCCUUCCUAUACACACAACUUCUCUCACUACAACAGAUCCACUGAUUCGAAUCAAAUCCACCAAAUCAACCAACAUCCCAUCACAGAUCUCCCCUACAUCUGCAAUUUCUUGAUUUCUUCAAACAACAACAAUGGACAACAGCCCUCCAUACUACAAGGAGGGCUUGCCACUCUCAACAACCCUAUCCAAAUCAGAAAAACAACGGUCCAGAUCGUCCUCCAGAUCUUCUGUACCCUCAAUCUUCUUCGCUUUCUUUUCUUGUGUCGCCUGGCUUUACAUCGCCGGCAGGUUAUGGCAGGAUGCUGAGAACCGAAUGUUGUUGGCUAAUUUGCUUAUGCAGAAUUCCGCAGAGAGACCGAAGGUUCUAACCGUUGAAGACAAACUCGUGGUCUUAGGAUGCAAGGAUUUAGAGAGAAAAAUUGUUGAAGCAGAAAUGGAAAUAACGCUAGCAAAAAGUCAAGGUUUUCUUAAGGACCGGUUAAAACAACCUGGUCUUUCUUCCAGUAAAAAACUGCUUGCAGUAAUUGGCGUUUAUACCGGAUUCGGUAGUCGAUUAAAUAGAAAUGUUUUCAGGGGAUCUUGGAUGCCAAAAGGUGAUUCUUUGAAAAAGCUUGAAGAAAGGGGAAUUGUCAUACGUUUUGUAAUUGGACGGAGUCCUAAUCGUGGUGAUAGCUUGGACCGUAACAUUGAUGAGGAAAAUCGUACAACAAAAGAUUUCUUGAUUCUUGAUGGUCAUGAAGAAGCUGACGAAGAAUCACCAAAGAAAGCUAAGUUCUUCUUUAGCACCGCAGUUCAAAACUGGGAUGCGGAGUUUUAUGUAAAAGUGGAUAACAAUAUUGCCCUUGAUCUUGAGGGGUUAAUUGAACUUCUUGAAAGCCGCCGUGGUCAAGAUAGUGUAUAUAUUGGAUGCAUGAAAUCAGGAGAAGUGGUCGCUGAAGAGGGAAAGCCAUGGUAUGAACCGGAUUGGUGGAAGUUCGGUGAUGAGAAAUCGUAUUUUCGGCAUGCAGCUGGAUCACUUAUUAUUCUAUCAAAAAAUUUUGCUCAGUACAUAAACAUAAACAGCGCAUCUCUAAAGAGUUAUGCUCAUGAAGAUACAUCCAUUGGUUCAUGGAUGAUGGGCAUAAAAGCAACCUAUAUAGACGAAAGUCGCGUGUGCUGCAGCAGCUCUAGACAAGAUAAGGUGUGUUCGCUGGCUUGAUUGGGGUCGAGAAGUUUAAUUUGGCGGUUCUAACACAGGUAUAGCCCCAGGAGAAUUUACAAAUAGCUUGGGAAAGUAACAAUAUAUUUCUGUAAAGUUCAGUGACUAUUUUAAGUUGGAUUACUCAAGUAUAAAGAGUUCAAAUUUUGGAUUAUAUAUUUGUAUGUUGUGUUGACCCGCCCAUUGUGUGUUGCGGUUUUAUCUCAUUCUUAGCAAGAUAAGUUUUUUUUU